AUGGAUGUGGUUAUGGCUAGAGAAGUGCAUGAGUUAUUUUUUGGCAUGGAUGAGGUUAUGGCUAAAGAAGUGCAUGAGUUAUUUUUGGGCAUGGAUGAGAGCUACCCAUUUACACCUCCAGAGGAGCUACCCAAGUACACCCCCAGAAAAGCUACAUGUACACCUAAAGAAGAGCAAUACACCCAAACCUCCAGAAGAGCUACACAUGUCGACCUCAAGAAGAGCAACACACCCACACCUCAAGAAGAGCAACACGAGAACAUCCCAAGAAGAGCUACACACCCACACCUCAAGAAGAGCAACACACCCACACCUCAAGAAGAGCAACACACCCACACCUCAAGAAGAGCAACACACCCACACCUCAAGAAGAGCAACACACCCACACCUCAAGAAGAGCAACACACCCACACAUCAAAAAGAGCAACACAUCCACGCCUCAAGAAGAGCAACACACCCACACCUCAAGAAAAGCAACACAUCCACGCCUCAAGAAGAGCAACACACCCACACAUCAAAAAGAGCAACACACGAACACCUCAAGAAGAGCAACACGAGAACAUCCCAAGAAGAGCUACACACCCACACCUCAAGAAGAGCAACACACCCACACCUCAAGAAGAGCAACACACCCACACCUCAAGAAGAGCUACACACGAACAUCCCAAGAAGAGCAACACACCCACACCCCAAGAAGAGCUACACGCGAACAUCUUAAGAAGACCAACACACCCACACCUCAAGAAGAGCAACACACCCACACCUCAAGAAGAGCAACACACCCACGCCUCAAGAAGAGCUACACACCCACACAUCAAGAAGAGCAACACACGAACACCUCAAGGAGAGCAACACACGAACACCUCAAGGAGAGCAACACGAACAUCCCAAGAAGAGCAGCACACCCACACCUCAAGAAGAGCAGCACAUCCACACUUCAAGAAGAGCUACACACCCACACAUCAAGAAGAGCAACACACCCACACCUCAAGAAGAGCAACAUACCCACACCUCAAGAAGAGCUACACACCCACACCUCAAGAAGGGCACCCACACCUCAAGAAGGGCAACACACGAACAUCCCAAGAAGAGCAGCACACCAACACCCAAAGAAGAGCUACACGCGAACACCUCAAGAAGAGCAACACAUGA